CUGCGCUCUCAGCCGACCUGCUCCGCUUCCUCGGCGGGGAUACCAGAUCCGGGAUCUGGACGGAAUGGUGGUGCAAUGUCAGGUUGAAGUGCUGUAUUUUGCCAAAAGUGCUGAGAUAACAGGAAUUCGCUCAGAGACCAUUUCUGUGCCACAAGAAAUAAGAGCGUUGCAGCUGUGGAAUGAGAUAGAAGCCCGACAUCCUGGAUUGGCUGAUGUCAGGAAUCAGGUGAUAUUUGCUGUCCGUCAAGAAUAUGUCGAGCUUGGAGAUCAACUCCUCCAGCUUCAAUCAGGAGACGAAAUUGCCAUUAUCCCCCCUAUUAGUGGAGGGUAGUGCUCGUGAGCCACUUGGGGAAGAUCUGAAUGAAGUUGAAGAGAACUCUAAAGAUAUAAUAAAAUUCACUGCUGAGAAGCUGUCCAUAGAUGAAGUCUCACAGUUGGUGAUUUCUCCACUCUGUGGUGCAGUAUCCCUCUUUGUAGGGACUACAAGAAAUAACUUUGAAGGGAAAAAAGUCAUUAGCUUAGAAUAUGAAGCAUAUCUCCCAAUGGCAGAAAAUGAAAUCCGAAAGAUCUGUAGCGACAUUAGGCAGAAAUGGCCAGUCAAACACAUAGCAGUGUUUCAUAGACUUGGCUCAGUUCCAGUAUCAGAAGCGAGCAUCAUCAUCGCUGUGUCCUCAGCCCAUAGGGCUGAGUCCCUCCAAGCUGUGAGCUAUGCCAUCGAUACUUUAAAAGCCAAGGUGCCCAUAUGGAAGAAGGAAAUGUAUGAAGAAUCAUCAUCAUCCUGGAAAAAAAACAAAGAAUGCUUUUGGGCAACUGGUGAUUAAGUCACACAUUUUUUUUAAAUAAAAUUAAAUUUGGUAAACCUCUG